UGCCAAACGCGCACGAAAUCGGUCCGCCACCUAAGGACGUUCCGCCAGCUACUCCUGUCAGAUUACCACAAUACAAGCCUCAAUCAUCUGACGCAAAUUCUCACCCAUCCCUUGUCCGUUUUCUGCAACAGCUGCAGCGUCCUAAUGAUCUUAACGAGUCUCACUUCGCCGCUCUUGGCGUUCAGUUACAUUCUGACGCCCCGCCUGAGGACGUUGUUCCGGACCCGUCCUUCUUGCCCAUAGCCUCCGAAUGGGUCGGCAUCGACUUGGACGAGGCCCGGCGUAGGGAUCCAACUUUCCGACGCACCUUAUCUAAUGGAAGGCUUUCUCCUGAGGCCCGUGUUUUCAUGGACCGCCGUACUGAGCUUUCUAUAUCAAAUCAAGCCGCUUUUCGGACCAUUCGUCGUAUCAAGCCCGAACCAGGGACUCAAGCACCGCGGCUCGGAAAUUGCUAUGAGUUCUACAGGCAGAUGGAGUUGAUGGCGCAGUACUGGGACGACACCUCCUUACCACCGCUCUCUACUGAUAGUCAAGAGGAGUCACCACCCACUGACCCAAAUUCCGAGCUGCCGGCUACUGGUGCUUCGUCCGAGAGCUCGGAAGCCAAACCCAAGACCCCCGAACGAGUUACUUACCGCACUAAUAGCGGCUCUAGCAUGCCGGCCGAAUUCCGCCACAAUUUAAUCUCGUCUUUCGUCAAACUUGUAGCCUACGACUUCGGCUGCAAUGUGGUCCCGCCGAGAGUCGAGCCUCGUUUACAGCUGUUUUCGCCUCCAUGUAAAGUAGUUUCGAAAUCAAAGGUGCGAUACUACCCUCAAGUAGCAUCUUACUUUCCAUCCGGAUGCGUGUUUCUGUGUAAGGCGCCGAUGACCCGCGAAGCCGCUCGUGCGGGUAUCGUCGAAGGCCCCAUAGCAGCGGUGUCGGCGCGUAACACGACCAAUUUCCCCACUUCAGCGGAGGCAAAUUUAGAUUUCGGGCGGGAGCUUGUCGCGGCACUGAUUACCGCACAGCACCGUUCCCGCGAAGGUCAGCCUGAAAAACGGUUCGGCGAGGGCAAAUGGUGGGCCACGGAGAAGCGUUGGGGUGGAGGUGAAGGUGGUCCCAUAGGACGGGAGAUCGACAACGACUCCAUCGUAGGCGACAAGGAUUCCACCAGAUCCAACCCUGAGGAGUCUGAAGGUGUGAAGCCGGUGCCAGUGCCGGAAACCACUAGCGCUACUAGAGAGAUAAAAGUAGGGGGCAAGACGGUGCUCGUCCCCGUGCGCGGGCAGCCCGUGAGCAAGAAGCCGCGUAAAAACCUCAGCAUCUACGAUAGUUACCGCAUGGUGCGGCUACCGUCUUCGAACUGGGACAAAAAGACCAAGUACACAGCCGUCGGUAAGAUCAAGGGUGUCGACUUCGACGACGUAUUCCUUCUCAGCAGCCUGUUCCACCACCUGUGUGUGAUCCGCGUGCGCGUGCCUAACCGCCUACUCGAGGUGUUAUCUGGCGCGCCGGACGGGAAUGUCAAAGUUGAAGCGGGAGGGGAGAAGGGGGAGAAGUUAAAGAGCUGGGGCAAGUUAGAGGCGUGGCGCAGCAAAUGGUACGACUUAUUCAUCGUCGAAGAUCGGCUCGAAGCCAUGCGCCUGCUUUGGGGGGUGAUGGGAUGGGUUAUGCGCACGGAAGAUGAAAGCGGAAGCGCAAACGCGGGCGAGGAUGUUGCCAUGAAGGAUGCUUAAGGUCUACUCCAGUCGAGUUUAGACUACUCUGUGGAUUAACUACUCGAGCGCCAUCCUAGGUACGGGAGCCACAAGCUUGAGUUACGAAGUCAGUUACUUCUUAUUGGAUCUAGAGUAUGCGGUGGCUAGGAUGUCUAGCACCCAUCUGAUAGACAUGAAUGAAGCAUAUGAUGAAUAGUAAUAGUACGGAGACUACGUUCCUUUGUUUUACCUAUAUCUAGCCCAUCUCCUAGUUCGUUCUCAAGUAGGGAUACUGCGUACCAUCAAAAACAUAGCCUUUUUUAUAUAGCAUAUAUAAUCAAAACAGUUGCCUAGAAUAUCUAGUUAAUGUUCCCAGUAAAAAGUUUAGACAGUUCAAUAUACUAUUCAUUUCUAC